ACAAUUAGGCCUCUUCCAAUUCCAGCACAGUAAAGCCACAAAAUCCAAUAUUAACCAGACUACCGGAGUGCUCUUCACUUUUUCCCUCAAUCAUCAGUUCAUAUCGAUCUCUACAAAAUUUCCGAAAUGAAAUCUUUGCUGUAUCUUUUCUUAUUCUCAAUCACCAUCUGUUUUUAUAUAAUCCCUGCAAUCCACAGCCAGUGUGAGGAAAACCAGCAACUAUCAUUGCUCCAUCUGAAGAAAAGCCUUGUAUUUGAUUCUUCUGUAUCCUCCAAGCUUAUAUUCUGGAAUUCAAGUGUUGACUGUUGUUCCUGGGUUGGUGUAACUUGCAGUACCAAGGGCCAUGUGGUUGGACUUGACAUCAGCGGUGAAUUUAUCUCAUCUAGCAUUGACAGUUCAAGCAGUCUCUUCCAUCUUCAACAUCUUCAAAGCCUAAAUUUGGCCUGGAAUGACUUCAAUGGCUCUCAAAUUCCAGCCGCAAUCGGAAAGCUUACAAACUUGAAGUAUCUAAAUUUGUCGUCUGCGGAAUUCUUCGGCCAAAUUCCCAUUGAGAUCUCAAAAUUGACAAGGUUGGUUAUCCUUGACAUAUCUGAAAAUUUCUCUAUUAGAGGUCCAUUAACACUUCAGAAACCAAAUUUAAGCAUGUUGGUCAGAACCUCACACAGCUUACAGAGUUAUAUCUUGAUGUCGUUCAAAUAUUAGCUGAGGGAAUUGACUGGUGCCAAGCCAUAGCCUCCUCAUUGCCAAACCUGAGGGUGUUGAGCUUAUCUGAUUGUGCGCUUUCAGGCCCUUUCCAUGAGUCUCUUGCUGAGCUUCAGUCUCUAUCUGUUGUUCGUUUGGACAAUAACAGAUUCUUUGCUCCUGUUCCAGGAUUCUUUGCCAAUUUUCCAAACUUGACUUCCUUGACUCUCUGUAAUUCUCAGCUGCAGGGAACAUUUCCGGAUGAGAUUCUUCAGGUACCUUCUCUUCAAGCUAUUGAUAUAACCAAUAAUCUAGAACUUCAUGGUUCUUUGCCACAGUUUUCCAAGAACAAUUCUCUUUGGUCCCUAGUUGUAAGAGAAACGAAUUUUUCUGGACUUUUGCCAGAGUCAAUUGGAAAUCUCAGGCAGCUGUCAACGAUAGACAUUUCUGGUUGUGAUUUCACUGGAUCAAUCCCAAGGUCAGUUGGGAACCUAACACAAUUAGUUCAGUUGAAAAUGUCAGGAAACAAAUUUGAUGGUCCAAUUGAUUCUAUUCACUGGGAAAGCCUUAUUAAUCUGCUAUAUCUUGCUUUGGACUCUAAUUUACUCAAUGGGAGAAUUCCAACAUCUAUCUUUUCUCCUCCCUUGUUGGAAGAACUACUACUUUCCCACAAUCAAUUCUCAGGUCAAGUUCCAAAAAUUUCCAAUAUCUCUUCGAAAUCCCUGAACAACCUUGAUUUGAGUAGCAACAAUUUGGAAGGACCAAUAUCUGCUUCUCUCCUAUAUUUGCGAGGGCUUCGACAACUUAAUCUUUCUUCAAACAAUUUCAGUGGUUUUCCUUUCAUUGGCCCUCAACAGCUCGAAAAUGUUAAAGAAAUUGAUCUUUCGCACAAUAGCUUAUUGAUUUGUUCAAAUGUCAGCAAUUCCUCAUCUUCCACAUUUCCUCAAAUUGAAAUAUUGAACUUGUCUUCUAACAAGCUGAGAACAUUCCCACAUAUGUUGAGAAAUCUCUCCAGAUUGUACCAUAUGGACCUUUCGGAAAACCAAAUGCAAGGCAAGAUUCCCAAAUGGAUAUGGGGAGUCAGUUCUCUUCAACACCUAAAUGUUUCUUGUAACUCCUUAGUGACUGUAGAAGCUCCUUCACUCAAUUCUACUUCAUUUGUCUCUGAGCUUGACCUUCAUUUGAACCAAUUUCAGGGACAGAUCCCAAUUUUCCUACCAUUUGCUACUUAUCUGGAUUACUCAGGGAAUCAUUUCAGCUCUAGCAUACCAAUUGACAUUGGUACUUCCAUUAAUUCCAUUUCUUUCAUCUCUCUUUCAAGAAAUAAGUUAUACGGGACAAUUCCAGAAUCAAUAUGCAACAUCUCGUCAUAUCUUGAGGUUCUUGAUGUAUCCCAUAAUUCUCUAAGUGGCUUAGUUCCCAAAUGCUUGACUACAAUGGUUAUUUCCAGUGUACUUAAUUUAAGGGGAAACAACCUCACUGGCACUAUUCCUGAUACAUUUCUUGAAGAUUGUAGUCUAAAAACGCUGGAGCUAAGUGAAAAUCAGAUGGAAGGCCAGGUUCCAAAAUCUCUAGCCAGCUGCACAAGUUUAGAGUUUUUAAACCUUAGAAGCAAUCAGAUUAGCGAUACCUUUCCAUGCUUAUUGAUGAAAAUAUCCACCUUGAGUGUGCUUGUUUUGCGGUCCAACAAAUUUCAUGGAAGCAUUGAAUGUUCAGAGAUCUAUGGCACCUGGCAGAGGCUUCAAGUGAUAGACCUAGCACACAACUUCUUCAGUGGUGGAAUAUCAGGAACAUCUUUACCAAGUUUGCCGACAACAAAAAAACAAAGAUUGCCGACAAAAUUCAUAUAUAGGUCCGAAUUUCGGCAACUCAACGAUUUGCCACCAGAAACUAUUGGUCAAAUGUAUGCUGGCAAGUAUUUCGAGGAAGCAAUAACAGUUACCAGCAAAGGUAUAGACAUGAAGCUGGUGAAAAUUAUGGCUGCCUUCACCUUGAUUGACUUUUCAUACAACAAAUUCAACGGGUCAAUCCCAGAGUACAGUGAAAUAUACGAAUCAUUACAGGUGUUCAACUUGUCCAAUAAUGAUUUCACAGGUGAAAUCCCAUCUUCAUUUGGUGAUAUGCUUCAACUAGAAUCCUUAGACCUCUCACAAAACCACUUGAGUGGGAAAAUUCCACAAGAGCUUGCUGAACUUACUUUCCUUUCAUUCCUGAAUCUCUCCAAUAAUCAACUGGUCGGCAAGAUCCCAACCGGUCCGCAGUUUUCAACAUUUUCAAAAGCCUCAUUUUUAGGUAACAAAGGAUUAUGGGGUUUUCCUUUGGACAACAUGGUAGUAUUGUCUCCACCAAGAUCACAUGGAAUCCCUCCAAAAUCUGCACAUAAGAUUGACUGGGAUCUUAUCGAUAUUGAAAUUGGAUUUGUAUUUGGGCUCGGAAUUGCCAUCGGGUCACUUUUCUUUUGCAAGAGAUGGAGGAAAUGGUAUUACAGAGUUAUGUAUAACAUUGUGCUUAUGAUAUUCCCUCAGCUGGAUCAAAGAAUUGGUAAUCAUAGAAGACAUGUUUACAUUGCUCCAAGAUGGAGACGUUGAACAGAUCAUGAAGAGCAGUGGAAGUUCCAGAUGAUGGAUUCCAAUUAAGGGGCUCAAACACCAAGAGCUGGGACUGAGAUCACUGAGAGCAGCAUUGGAACUAUUGUUACUGCCAUCCCUACUUCGGAGCUUCCCGUUUAGUGUGCUUCGAAGAAAAAAAAAAUGAGUGUGGCAUGGGAGCACUAUCUUUUAUUUGCUGAUGGUUAUGGAUUUGAUCUUUCAAGUUUCGUAUGUAACUACGUGUGGUACAGAUGGAUUUGAUCAUUGCUGCACUUUUAUCUAUUUCAAGUUUGAACGUUUGAUUGCUUAAA